AUGGAGAAUACAGUGUUGGAACGUUCUAUUGUGAUUUUUGUUAAUGUUGUAUUUAGUGAAGGUGUACGAAUAUUGAGUACUGGCUGGGGAGUGCUGAACCACAUCAACGAGACAACACCAGAAGGUCUUCAAGAAAUAUUUGCUACAAAUCUCUUCGGACAUUUUGUUAUGGUAAGAGAACUGGAGGAUUGUUUAGGCAAAGCUCAGGAAACACAAAUUAUAUGGACAUCAUCACAGAAUGCUAAUUCUGAUGACUUUAGCUACACAGAUGUACAACAUAGAAAUGGAAGAGAACCAUACAGUUCAUCAAAGUAUGCAACAGAUGUUGUCAGUGUGGCAUUCAAUGAUCGACUCAAUAAAAAGGGCAUAUAUUCAGUGACCACCUGUCCCGGCCUGGUUAUGUCUAAUUUGACGUUAGGUAUACUUCCUGCAUGGGUGUGGUUCCUUGUGAUGCCGUUCAUCUUCUUUAUGCGGCUAUUUGUAGGAUCCUUAACAUGUAGUGCUUACAAUGCAGCAGAAGCUCUGAUAUAUGUAACCAAGCAAAAAUGUGAAAGCUUAAAUCCACGUAUAAAAUACUGCAGUCUAUGUUCAGUGCUUGGUAGACCAUAUGUUGGUGAAGAAAAGUUGAAUAUAGAUGAAAAAGAUGCUGAUGAUUUAUACAACCAGCUGGAGACCUUGUAUCAAGGAUUCAAGUUAAUGUAUAGAAAUAGUAAGACUAUAACAACACAAGGUCAUGUGACUGAGAUGAGAAAUGGGUUCAAGGCUCGGUCAGAGGAUGAACUUGACAACGAAGCACACAAUGGGUACCAGAAUGGAAUUCAUUGAUGAAGGAUGACAUUUUUGUGUUAUACGAGUAGAAUAGCUGUAGAUACAAAGUAUUAGGUA